CACACAGAAAAAUUACUGCUCAUCUGUUUGCAAAUGUUCAACAGUCGGCGUCCUCCAAAACAAGAAAAUUCUCCCGCUGUUCUCUCAAACCCGGAAAAUCAAAUGUGUGAUACAACCAUGUCAACACGCAGCGAAAAUGAAAAUUCGAUUGUGGUCACACCAGACCAGAUCAUGCCACCUAUCAACAGGUGCUUUGAAAGGCUCAAUGCACUUCAGUGGGUCAUGAUAGAAAAUGGCACAUGCGACUCGGGGACCCUAGCGGUGCUCGCUGAUAUGAUUUGUGAAAUCAUUCAGAUCGCCUCUAGCAGAAUCCUCAAAAUUGCCCUUCCUGUUACUCAGGAUUGCAUGACGAAGGAAGAUCCAGAGCCUUUAGAUGCAGGGAAAAUAAUCCCGUGCCUCGGAGACUCGAUCUCAGCCGCCAUCGCCAGCUCUCUUAAUGUCCCGAAACAGCGACAUGAGAGCGCUGACGAGCUGACACGGAUGGUUGAGGAAGAGAUCUCCGAAAAGGUCAGCUCAACAGUUGAACUCAUUACAAAAAGCCCCGAUCUCCCGCAAGACCCCGCCGUUUAUGUUAGCGGGAAAUGUAGUAAUAUUAAAAAGCUGCACCGCAUGGUUUGUCACGCUGCCUCGUUCCUUAAAAUACAUAUACGUAAGCUGCGCUCCCGGUGCGUGUCAAGCGGGUCUGAUUCCAGUACAGAAAGUACGGAUUCAAAGAUAUCAGUGCAAUCAGCAAUCGCAGAGAUUUCUGCGAUUCUGUCAUCAAGCAGCUCAGAUGGAGAGAUGACAGAAAAAGAUAAAGAUGAGGAUGAGGAAAAAACUGAGCUCCCAGACGAAUCAGCUCUAACAGAACAAGACAAAAUAAAAACAACUGCAGAGAGCCAAAGUAUCCGAGCUCCAACGCCAGUAGAAGUGGUUGCAGCUGACAUCGUAAAUGAGAUACUUGGGAACAUGAAUUCAAGCAGUGAAGAGCCCCGUGAGAGCUGUAGCUUACCUAAACCUGCCUUUAAUGCAGGAUUAAUCAUGGACAAGGUGAGAGACUUCUUCUCCAGAUGUUUGCCAUCCACCUCACACUCAGGGCUCAAAGCACGCAAACACCGCUUUUCCAUGUUUGCGAAAAAACAGUUUGAAAAAAUGAAAAAAGAGCUGAGACAAGUAAUAAAGACAAACAGGAAAUUUUUUGUUUAUCUACAAAACAUUUGCAAGUUCCACAAGUAUGAAACAGUGGACUCCGAUGAAAGUAGCCUCCCAGGGUCAGUCCCAGAAACUCGUCCCCAGAGUAAAGAGGCUCAUCGAGCCCCUUCCCGAAACACGCUGCUUCGUUACAUACGUUCUUCUCCAGCCGACUUUGACACCAUUAGGUCAGACGUUAAUCAGUUGUUUGACAAAUUAACAAAGAAGGAAGAACUCUUCAUCAUCCAUAAAACAUUGGACAACUUCAGAAAUAGUGGGGCAACCAGAGAUUUUACUGUGGAGUUGACGGGAAAAGUAUUUGAUCUACUUAUGACGGAUCGACUGUAUCAAAUCCCCGAACCUCUAAUGGGUAGAUCCCUCUCAGAUACAGUCAUCUCCAGGACUCCACAACCAGCACAUGGCUCAAAGCAUCCCUUUUCUGCUGAAGUCCUCUAUGUCCUCGUAGAAGACGCAGUAGAAAAGUUUUUACAAAAGCUUUUACUCUGGGUGGAGAACGAAGACAAAAAUCAAAUGAUUGAGGACAAGGUUUCUGAGGUGCUGGAAGGCAUCCAGAACUUUAUUAAAAGAACAAGGACGCCGACAAAGGAAACAAGCACAGAUUCAGAUGGCAGUGGAAGAGAAUCUGUUUCAUCACCUCAAACACCAAAAUAUGGGAGCAUUUCCCCAGAAAAAUCCUCUGUGGUACCUGAUCAGCCUGUAACACCAAGACCUUGGAGCAUUUCCCCAGAAAGAUCCUCUGUGGUACUUGAUCAGCCUGUAACACCAAGACCUUGGAGCAUUUCCCCAGAAAGAUCCUCUCCUGCACCCGAUCAAACAACUCAAACACCAAAACCUGGGAGCAUUUCUCCGCAAAAAUGCUCUGCUAGCAUUUCACGCUCUCUCAAGGAUUCCUCUCACAUGUCAGAGAUGCGUUCUGUGUCAGUGUCAUCUUCUGAUGCUGAGAAAAUUUCCGAUGACCUCGCUUUUUUCCUCAUGAUGAGAGUCAUCAAAAAAUCUAAAUCUAAGCCCAAACCGUUUAUGUCUCUGUCAGAAGAACUAGAGACGGUCAUCAACCGUCUGAGAGAUCUGAUACAGCCUGAACUAAGCAGCACAGAGUCUGCCACAAGUCUGACAAAUAACAAGAAAAAGUUCAUCAAGAAACUAGCCAAAUGCCUCAUCAAGGAGUUUGGCUCCCCAGACAAUGUCUUAAAGGCUGCGAUAGCAAAUGAUUCGUCUUUUGAUGAGGCUCUGAUAAGGCAUCUAAAAAUCCGCCUUGGAGUCAUCCCCAGUCCUCCCAAAAAGUCCAAAAUUUCCAGGUUGUUUUCAGCUGUGGGAAAAGCUCUGCGAAAACCCUUUAGGUGGUUCACUAAAGCCAGAGAUGAUUAAAAUGACCAUUCUGGCUUUUCCCCACUGCCCUGCUUCUUUUAAAAUCUUGAAGCAGAAUGUUAGCACCAAAUCCAAAUUUUAACAACUGUAGUUCGCGCCAUCUCGUCUCCUUUUUGAUUUCCAUCCCCCCCAACCGGUCGCAGCGGAUGGCCGCCCCUUCCUGAGCCUGGUUCCGUUGGAAGUUUCUUCCUGUUAAAGGGAGUUUUUCUUCCCCACAGUCGCCUAGUGCUUGCUCAGAGGGGGAUCAUUUGAUUGUUGGGGUUCUCUGUAGUACUGUAGGGUUUUGACCUUACAGUACACACAGGGAGGAGACUUUGUGAUUUGGCGCUUGAUUUUUAAAAUAUCUAAUUUGGCAUGAAAUAAAAAAAAU